ACCCUGACAUGUGCCAUCUUCAGAGAACUCCUCCUCUGCAAAGACCAGCUCCAGGUCACUCACACCGUUCUCUCUGAUGUACUGUAUCUUGCUCACGUAGAGAUCUGGGUCAUCACUCUCAAAAUACUGGGUGACAGAGACAGAGAGACAGACAGACAGAACAUGUUUCACUAACUUACCCCUCUUCCUUCCCCUCCUUUUCACAGAUGACAACCCACAGCAUAUAGUGCAUACCACCCAUUAACCCAUUCACCACAGAUAUUCAGUAAUUAUUGUAGUUGAUGCGGAGGCCGAUGAUCUGUGCGAGGAAGGAGCGGGUGAAGUGGGCCGAGACGUGGAGGUUGGUUCCGAGAGAACUCUC